GCAUGCCUUUUCUUUUUACCCUAAAUGUGAUACAUUGAUGAAUAAUAUCUCAGAGUCUUUUAAUGCUACCAUUCUAGCUGCUAGGGACAAACCUAUACUCACAAUGUGUGAGUGGAUAAGAAAAUAUCUGAUGAAUAGGUUAUCCACCUCUGCAAGUAAACUAGAAAAUUGGCCACAUAAGGUGAUGCCAAUACCUAGGAGAAGGUUAGAUAAUGAGGUGUUCAGGAGUGGUCAUUGGUUGCCAACAUGGUCAAUUGCUGAGACUUUUCAGGUUACACAUAGUUACAACACACAUGAAUUUAUUGUUGACAUUGCUAAAAGGUCAUGUAGUUGUAAUUUUUGGGAAUUAGUAGGAAUUCCAUGUAGGCAUGCUGUAGCUGCUCUGAGUUAUAGAAAGCAAAACCCUGAUGAAUUUGUUGAUGCUUGUUACACAAGAGAAAAGUUUGCACUAUGUUAUGGAUUUUCAGUAAGUCCAAUCAAUGGUCAAGAUAUGUGGCCAGAAGUUGAGAUGGAACCACCUCUACCACCUGCAUAUAAAAAUGGUCCUGGUAGACCUAAGAAGAUUAGGAUAAGAGAAAGUGGAGAGGAUGGUGCAAGGAAGAGAAGAUCUGGUGUUGCAUAUAAGUGCACCAAAUGUGAUAAUUUUGGUCACAAUGCUAUGACUUGUAAGGCUACCACUCAGGAUCCCAAUGCACUUAAAAGAAAGAGAAAACCUAAAAAAGGACAUGUGCCAACUGCAACUGAUAUGCCAACUGCAAAUGAUAUGCCAACUGCAUCUGAUAUGCCUGCCCCAACUGCAACUGAUAUGACUGUUCCAACAAAUGUGCCUGUUCCAACUGAUCCACAGCCUCCAACUGAUAUGCCUGUUCCAACUAUUAUGAGUCAAACAGGAUCUAGUGUGGCUGCCUCAAUCACAAAACAAUCCAGAAAAAGGGUUGAAAAAAAAACCUAUCAUCAAAAGAAGGCAAAGUGAGAGGAUCAAGUUGAGUUGGUUUAAAAGACCCAUAACAGGUGAAGGAAUAUCUAGUGACAAACCAAUUACCCUACCAGAAAAUGAAGACAUACCCACUUCAAAAUGAGGGACUGAUUAUUAUGUUUCUGCUAUGUAUUUUGUAAUCCUUUUGGAAAACUCUUUUGUAAUGCCAACUGAUCUUUGAAGACAUGUAUUUUGUAAUCCU